CCUAGUUCUUCUUUCACACCCAAAUAAGACUUCACAAAUCCACCCUUUAAAUGGCACAAAUUUACCAUACUGCCAUUUUCCUUAUCCUAACUUUUUUAAGCUUCCAAAAAUCAUUUUGUGCACUUGUGACACAAUCUCCUUUGGUGUUAACUUACCACAAAGGUGAACUGUUAAAAGGCCCAUUGACAGUAAAUCUUGUAUGGUAUGGUAAAUUUACACCUACCCAAAGAUCAAUAAUAGUUGAUUUCUUACAAUCUUUGAACACUAUUAAACGUGCAACAAAAAUACAAACGCCACUUCCUUCUGUAGCAAUAUGGUGGAAAACAACUGAAAAGUAUCACAACGGGUCUUCAUCAACUGUUGUUGGAAAACAAAUUCUUGAUGAAAAUUACUCCCUAGGUAAAUCUUUGAAAAAUUACCAUAUUCGUUAUUUGGCUACUAAAAUUGCUGGACCAAAUUCUAUCAACUUGGUUCUUACUGCAAAAGAAGUUGGUGUUGAAGGGUUUUGUAUGAGUAGGUGUGGCACUCACGGAUCCACCAAACAAAUUAGUGGGAACAAAAGAGUGGCGUACGGAUGGGUUGGAAACUCGGAAACACAAUGUCCGGGUCAAUGUGCGUGGCCAUUUCACCAACCAAUUUACGGCCCACAAUCACCUCCGUUAGUUUCGCCUAACGGAGACGUUGGAGUUGAUGGAAUGAUCAUCAACAUAGCAACAGUUUUAGCUGGCGCCGUUACUAACCCAUUUAACAAAGGUUAUUUCCAAGGCCCGGCAAAUGCACCAUUGGAAGCUGUGUCAGCAUGUACUGGAAUAUUCGGGUCGGGUUCUUACCCGGGUUAUGCGGGUCAACUAUUAGUGGAUAAGGUUACUGGCGCUAGCUAUAAUGCGCACGGAUUAAAUGGGAGAAAGUAUUUAGUACCAGCUAUGUGGGACCCAAAGACCUCUGUUUGUAGUACAUUAGUGUGAUGUGAUCUGGUGUGGGUGGGUGUAGGGGAAGGUUACUGUGGGGUUGAGUUUGAGGAUGGAUGUUUGCUUGUGACACUUGUGUUUUGGAACUUGGAUGUUUGUCCUUACUUGCUUGACUUGUAUAUAUUCUGAUCUUUUUUAUUGUAUGAAAAAAGAAUGUAUAAAAAAAAAUUGUCUCAUAUUAUAAUAAUGUGCUCUUUUGGUUA